AUGGAUGUUGCACCUCAACCUUUGGCUCAGUCACAUGUUGGCGGUGUGCCAUCUUUGUACUUCUUAUGUGCGCGACGACUCAAGACCAGUGGACUACCUUAUCAAACAUUUGGUCUACCAAGCAACAUGACAGAGUUUAUCGAAUUGGUGCCCAAUAGGACAAUGACCAUCGUCAAUGAACAGUUGUCAACCAGGGUCAAUCGAUACUUUAGGAACAUCAUCAUGUCGUCAUCAACAUUGAUCAUUGUACCUUCAAGUAUCCUGCAACAAUGGGCUCAUGAGAUCAUGAGGCAUCCCACCCUGACAUUGGUGACAAUAUCAAGCAAUGAUGAUAUACCACAUGCCCACCAGUUGGCCGGCUACCACAUCGUACUGUUGUCACACUCUGUCUUGUCGUCAAUGCAACAAUAUCGCUCAAAUGACCCUAUCCUUGGUGUAUACUGGCUGCGCGUCAUUGUGGACGAAGGACAUGUCGUUGGCAACUCCAACACGAAGUUGACAUCGGUCGCUCGCUCGAUCUAUGCCGAGCGACGAUGGGUUUGCUCGGGAACGCCCAUCUCUUCGUCGGUGCUUGAUAGCGAGUUGUCCAACUUUGGAUCGAUCGUCAAGUUCCUCCAUCUCCAGCCCUUUAACAAGUCGGAUGUCUGGAAGCGUUUGGUGGCGUCGCCAAUCAGACAGUUCAAAACGGCAGGCAUCGACACGCUGUGUUCCAUGAUCAACAGAGUAUCGGUGCGCACGCCCAUCGACACCAUCUAUCGCGACAUCAAGAUACCGACGUUGACCAUCAACAAGGUGUACAUCAAGCCCACGAAAGAGGAGACGAUCAAGUACAAUGAGAUCGUGUGCCAGGUGCAGACCAACUUGCUCGCAUCGCAGUAUGAGGGUCCAGACUCUCUGUUCUCGUCGAACAAUCAACGCUUUGCCAUGGAGGUGUACACAACGCUGAGGAAGGCAUGUAUAUUCACUGAAGGGCUGUCCGAGGACCAACGCAUAGUCUGCAAGGAGGCCAUCAUCUCUGCAUUGAUGCUCGAUGACUCUGUCAUACCAAGGAGUGACAAGCUCAAACUAGUUUCAAUCUACAAGUUCAUGGAAUCUAUAUCACAGUUCAGACAUGUCGUCAACCAGCAGGUAACUAAUGUUGAUGGGGCUCAGAUUCCUCCUCAACAGGUGUCGCCAACAUCAACAUCCCCAGUCAGGGUCAGGACUGUUCGAUUCAACGAUGACGUUCAAGUCAAAGAGAUACCAAACAACAACAACAACAACAACAAUAACAACAACAACAACAACAACAACAGCACCACAAACAACAACAGCAACAACAACUCAACAGUGUUGGGAAUAAGGACAACAAACAAUCCAACGAAUGAUGUACCGCAGAAGAGGAAGGAAGACUUUGUGUCGUCCAAGUUGAAGUACUUGGUGGAGAGGAUCCAACAGAUUGAUGGCAAGAUCAUCGUGUUUAGCCAGUUCAACGAGGUGAUCUAUGAUAUCAUCUUCACAUUCAAACAAGAGUUGCCCAACCUCAAGUUCCUGGUCUACUACACGCACGUCACACAAAGAGAGCGAUCCAGUGCCAUCAUGACAUUCCAGUCCAACAAGGACAUCAAGGUGAUUGUGAUGAACACUGAUCUGGCAGCGUAUGGCAUCAACUUGACAAUGGCCACACACAUCCUCAUCGUCGAUCCCAUCACCAGUUGGACAAAGGAGCGACAGGCCAUCAAGAGAGCGCAUCGUAUCGGUCAGCAACAUCCCGUCACUGUCGAGAAGUUAUUGAUCAAGGGUACAGUCGAGGAGAUCAUCGAUAGGAAUACAGACAAAGGUAGUAACAUCAACAAUGGCAACAAUGGCAACAAUGGCAACGACAACAACAAUAUGGCAUCGUCAUCAGUAUCGAUUGAACAAGAGGACUUCUUCAAGGUUGAACAAGAGUUUCUGUUCCAGGAUGAAAGGAAGGAGGAACAAGGCAAGCAGAUUAGGAAUGUACUGAGGGAUAUACAGACACUACCAUCAAAGCAUUUGAGAGCCAUCACUGAUCAAGAGUAUGAGCAGUAUGUUGACACCAUGUUGAAGUCAAAGUCCACUACACAACCAAGUUCAUAA